CAUUCGCGGGCGAAGGAUGUGUAAAUAUUUUCGGUACGCAUCGCGUCGCUGAUAUAGAAGUUCAAUUGAGUGCUAUAAAUAUGUAUAUUGGCUGCCGCUUUGUGUACGCUUGAAUGCGUUUGUGCGUGAGUGCGCGCGCGAAGCGGGGGCGUGAGUGGCGUUCGAUUUUUUCUGCAAUUACAAAGCAAUAAAGCGGCGAGCUAAGCAUUUGUUCGUGUGUGCGUUCGUGCGGUAGUGUAAAAAGAAGAUAACGGUAAAAGGAGAAUAUUAACAUUUUGUAAUAUUUGGUGGAAAUUGCGUUUAAAUUUGCGUAUUUAUUGGAGCAACAAAACGGCGUCGCGAGACUUCCGGAAAAAUACGAGCUGAUGAAAAUGAAGAAUUGCAGGCGUAGUGCUGUUGGUGCUUAGCUUUUUUUCGGCUCUAUGUAAAGGCAGCUAGAAUGCGCGUCUGGCUGCAUGCAUAUGAAUUGGCAUACCAAGGCAUGCAAACACAAUAUAUUCACAAAUAUACUAACUACUUGGGUGUACCGAAAUAAACGCAGUAAACCUCCAUACCAAUCGCUCUUAAACUUGCGUCGGUGUGGUCAUUGAAGUGCUGAAGGAAACGCGUGGAAGGUGGAUGAGUUGCGAGAAACUGCGCAAGCGCUGUGCGAGGUACGUCCGCUGCGGUAAUUUAUGACAAAAUAAUAAUAAAAGCGAUUUUUACGGAAAUAACUCAAAACUGGAAACUUAGAAAACAAAGUAAAAAGUUAGUGAUGAUAUGUAAUUAUUGCUGUAAAGCAAUUUAAUGGUGCAAUAUAUGUAGAAGAAAUAUGUUUUGUGUAAUUUAAUGACUGUGUUGGAGGUGUUUAAGAAGCAGAAGAAGCAGCAAAUAAUUUUGGGUGAAGCUGUGACAGCUUGUAAACAACGAAUAAAGUAGUAAAUGAAAGCAGUUUUAUGUGCCCAUAGUAAACAAUUUGCCCAUCACUGAGCACUCGCCGUAAAACAUAUCAGACAGCUCAUUCAAAUAAUCAAAUAUUAGAUCCUUUACCGAUUUUGCCGAGGCUAUUUGUACGCCGAGUACGCCGCUGAGUCUUGUCAGCUCAUUCCACUUUGAGACACAGUCACCCAUCCGAACGCGACUGCUGUAUUCGCGUCACCAUCAUCGCCAUCCACAGCAUCAUUCACAACGUUCGCAUACCUCCCACCGUCACCGAGUAAGCGAUACUGAUAGCCACACAUUGACGGCUGUGCUGCCGCGGCGUGCGACGCCAUGGUGGAGUCCUCAGCUAUCGGCCGGCCUCUGACUGGAUGUGUGAAUGCACAGCAGCCGGCAACAGCUGCCAUCACCGCCGCACAACAUUCACCAUCCGGCAUGCGUUGCGGCACGCUGGAGACGCGCGUGCGGGGCGCCUGGUAUCGGGUGCUGGUGACGCUCGAAACCGACUUUCUGGCAAUUAGUUUGGACGAGUCUUGCGAUGCGGCGGCAAUCAGUGUGGAUCAAUCGACCACACUGAACGGCACUUUGGGCAGCAACCACAGCGGUCAUAAUGGCUCCAUACCUUCAUCGGCCUCCAUGCAGGGCAUGGGCGGCGUUAGUGGCAUGGGCGCGGGUAGCGGUGGUGGCGGCAGCGGCACUGAUGCAGACUGCACAGAUAACGGUGGCGGCGGUGACCACUUGCUGAACAAUAAUACCAUGGACAAUGGACUGGAUAUGUGCGAUGUACCUGAUCAUGUGGCAAAUCAAAAGAGACAUGUACGCAUCAUUAAAUCGGACAACAACGGUCUCGGCAUUUCCAUUAAGGGCGGUCGCGAAAAUCGUAUGCCUAUACUGAUAUCGAAAAUAUUUCGCGGUAUGGCAGCGGAUCAGGCAAAGGGGCUGUACGUGGGCGAUGCCAUUUUGUCGGUUAAUGGUGAAGAGUUGCGCGAAGCGACUCACGACGAGGCGGUGCGUGCACUGAAACGAGCCGGACGUGUUGUGGAUUUGGAAGUAAAAUUUCUGCGUGAAGUGACACCGUAUUUCCGAAAAGCCAGCAUAAUUUCCGAAGUAGGCUGGGAGCUGCAGCGCGCUUUUCUAUGUCCGUUGGGACCAGGGGCGCCCACAUCUCCGCCAGCGCCGAAAAUUACACCGCGUGCCGAUACGCGUUACAUACCCUUGCAAUUGACACAUUUGGCGCGGAAUUUGAAAUACAUUGAUCCGGAAAACCGCUGCAUCGAAUUGCAUUCACCGGACGGUGUGCACUCGUGCAUUCUGCGCGCCUGCGACUCCGCCGAGGCAUUGAUCUGGUUCAAUGCGCUGCACUCAGCAAUGUGUGGCAGCACUCAGCGCGCCCUCACCGAUGCCAAUCGCGCGCUGAUGAACGUCAUCGGGGAGCUGAAACACAUCGGCUGGCUGAGUAGACGCCUGAGUGGCGGCAGUACCAGUGGGGGCGGAGGUGCUGGCGGAGGAAGUUCUGGUAGCGGUGGUGGUGGCGGUGGCAGUGGUGCAAGUGCUAGUGGCGGAGGCGGCGCGGGAGAUUUGCCAAGCGGACGUUCCAGCUCGGAGAGUUCUGAUGAAAACGAUAAAUGGCAGCCAAUUUUCGUCGCAGUCACCGAACGAGAAUUCAGGUGAGAUAUUGUUCAAAGCGUUGGGGUGAUGGGCGGGUGG